CCUCACAGCGCCGCAUGCUGUGCUUUUAGCCACAGACCCAACAACCUAACUUCCUUCGCUUUCUAUCCUACCAGACCUAACAUUAAUCGCGUCCGAACGAGCAACAUCUCCCAAAUAUCUUUCAAGUACUGCUCGCAUAGUUUCGAUCUGCAGCGGCCUGGACCAAUCUCGAAUGUCAAGCAGGCCGGAACGCCUGAAAGAUGAAGGCUCGCGCCUGCAGGUCACUGCUGCCGGGGCCACGGCCGGUUUGAUCUCGCGGUUUGUCAUUGCGCCGCUUGACGUAGUCAAGAUUCGUCUCCAGCUGCAGACGCACUCUCCUUCUGCUGCUAGUAAUGGCGGUGGCAGUAGCAGCGGUCCAGUCUACCGAGGCACGCUGCAGACGCUCCGGCACGUCAUGCAGCACGAGGGUAUAACGGGUCUCUGGAAGGGCAACGUGCCGGCCGAGCUUCUCUACAUCUGCUAUAGCGCCGUGCAGUUCACCGCGUACCGGUCCGCGACGGUUGCCAUCCACCAGACGGUGGGCGAGAGCCAGCUGCCGCAGGCCGCCGAGUCGUUCCUGGCAGGCGCCGUGUCGGGAGCCGCUGCCACGUCCGCCACGUACCCGCUGGACCUUCUGCGCACGCGCUUCGCCGCGCAGGGCAACGACCGCGUCUACACGAGCCUGCGGCGGGCCGUGGUGCAGAUCGCCCAGGACGAGGGGGUGCGCGGCUUCUUCCGCGGGCUGAGCCCCGGGCUGGCGCAGAUCGUGCCGUUCAUGGGCAUGUUCUUCGCCGUGUACGAGACGCUGCGGCCGCAGCUGGCCCGGCUCGACCACAACAACGCGCCACUCCUGGCGGGCGUGGUGGGUGGCGGCAGCUCGGCCGCGGUCGCCGGCGUCGUGGCGUCGGUCGUGGCCAAGACGGGGUCGUUUCCGUUCGACCUGGUCCGCAAGCGCAUCCAGGUCCAGGGCCCCACGCGCAGCCGCUACGUUCACAAGAACAUCCCCGAGUACUCGGGUACGGUGGGGACGGUACGCACCAUCCUGAUGCACGAGGGCUUCCGGGGGCUCUACCGCGGGCUCACGGUGAGCCUCAUCAAAGCGGCCCCGGCCAGCGCCGUUACCAUGUGGACCUAUGAGAGGGCGCUGCACUUCUACAUGGCUCUGGGUGAAAAGGAGACGAAUCGGGAUUUAUGAUUAUGCUUCUUUUUCUACUCUAGACUAUUCGCAUACUGUACUUUUACAACACAAGAUUGGGCCCACGCCCGGACGCGCGUCACUUAAUGAGAUAGACUGCUUACCAUAAUAAUGGCAUAAUUGUAUUCAUGUUUUUUUCUCAG